ACAUCUAUAAAGAGACCCUUUUCCAUCGUAUUUGGAUCUGGCUUCACUUCUCUCACUCUAUCUCAAUUGUUUUUCUUUCGUUGUCAUCAUCAGUUUCUUCUUCUUCUUCUUCUUCUUCUCUUAUCCAAUUGGUCCUUCACACACUCAGGUGGUGAAGGGUUUGUGAAGUUACAAUGGCGAACAGGAACUUGGAGAAGAUGGCAUCCAUUGAUGCUCAGCUUCGGCAAUUGGUUCCUGCUAAAGUCAGCGAGGAUGAUAAGCUGGUUGAGUAUGAUGCUCUGCUACUGGAUCGGUUCCUUGAUAUUCUCCAGGAUUUACAUGGGGAGGAUCUGAGAGAAACUGUUCAAGAAGUAUAUGAGCUUUCUGCUGAGUAUGAAAGAAAGCAUGAACCUCAGAGACUGGAAGUACUUGGAAAUCUGAUAACUAGUUUGGACGCUGGAGAUUCCAUUGUUGUUGCCAAGUCCUUUGCCCACAUGCUUAAUUUGGCAAACUUAGCUGAAGAGGUCCAGAUUGCUCACCGCCGUAGGAUCAAGUUGAAAAAGGGGGAUUUCGCUGAUGAGGGCAAUGCAACCACUGAAUCAGAUAUUGAAGAAACUUUCAAGAAACUUGUAGGUGAAAUGAAGAAGUCUCCUCAGGAAGUUUUUGAUGAACUGAAAAAUCAGACUGUUGAUCUGGUUCUUACUGCUCAUCCUACUCAAUCAGUUCGUAGAUCUUUGCUGCAGAAGCAUGGAAGGAUACGAAAUUGCUUAACUCAAUUGUAUGCCAAAGACAUCACUCCUGAUGAUAAGCAGGAGCUUGAUGAGGCUCUACAGAGAGAGAUCCAAGCUGCUUUCCGUACUGAUGAAAUCAGGAGAACCGCUCCAACACCACAAGAUGAAAUGAGAGCAGGGAUGAGCUACUUUCAUGAAACAAUUUGGAAGGGUGUGCCCAAAUUUCUGCGUCGUGUUGAUACAGCUUUGAAGAAUAUAGGGAUUAAUGAGCGUGUCCCGUAUAAUGCUCCACUUAUUCAAUUUUCUUCUUGGAUGGGUGGUGAUCGUGAUGGCAAUCCAAGAGUAACUCCUGAAGUGACAAGGGAUGUUUGCUUAUUGGCUAGAAUGAUGGCUGCUAAUUUGUAUUAUUCACAGAUUGAGGAUCUUAUGUUUGAACUGUCCAUGUGGCGCUGCAAUGAUGAGCUGCGUGUCCGGGCUGAGGAACUUACCAGUUCUUCCAAUAAAGAUGCAGUUGCAAAACACUACAUAGAGUUUUGGAAAAACAUUCCUCCAAGUGAACCGUAUCGUGUGGUACUGGGUGAAGUAAGGAACAGACUCUACCAGACUCGUGAGCGUUCUCGCCAUUUGCUUGCUAAUGAGUACUCUGACAUUCUAGAGGAACACACUUUCACUAAUGUGGAGGAGUUCCUGGAACCCCUCGAGCUCUGUUAUAGAUCACUUUGUGCCUGUGGUGAUCGGGCAAUUGCUGAUGGAAGCCUUCUAGAUUUUUUGAGGCAAGUCUCUACUUUUGGACUGUCCCUAGUUAGGCUUGAUAUUAGGCAAGAGUCCGACCGUCAUACUGAUGUGCUGGAUGCCAUCACCAAACAUUUGGGAAUCGGCUCCUACCUGGAAUGGUCUGAAGAAAAGCGGCAGCAAUGGCUUUUGUCCGAGUUGAGUGGCAAACGCCCUCUCUUUGGACCUGAUCUUCCCCAAACUGAAGAGAUCAAAGAUGUUCUCGACACAUUUCAUGUCAUAGCAGAACUUCCAUCUGAUAACUUUGGAGCAUAUAUCAUAUCAAUGGCAACUGCACCAUCUGAUGUGCUUGCAGUUGAACUCCUGCAACGUGAAUGCCAUGUCAAGAAUCCGUUAAGAGUCGUCCCAUUGUUUGAGAAGCUUGCUGAUCUGGAAACAGCUCCCGCUGCUUUGGCUCGGUUGUUCUCCGUUGAGUGGUACCGAAACCGGAUCAACGGGAAACAAGAAGUCAUGAUUGGCUAUUCUGAUUCAGGUAAAGAUGCUGGAAGGUUCUCUGCAGCGUGGCAGCUAUAUAAGGCUCAAGAAGAGCUUAUUAAGGUAGCUAAGGAAUAUGGUGUUAAGCUAACAAUGUUCCAUGGUCGUGGAGGGACUGUCGGCAGAGGAGGCGGUCCUACUCACCUUGCUAUCCUGUCUCAGCCUCCAGACACAAUCCAUGGAUCACUCCGUGUUACUGUCCAAGGAGAAGUUAUCGAGCAGUCAUUUGGAGAGGAGCACUUGUGUUUCAGAACCCUUCAACGUUACACUGCAGCUACUCUAGAACAUGGAAUGCAUCCCCCAAUUUCCCCCAAACCAGAAUGGCGUGCUUUGAUGGACGAGAUGGCUGUUAUUGCCACUGAGGAAUACCGUUCUAUUGUAUUCAAAGAACCCCGUUUUGUUGAGUAUUUCCGCCUGGCUACACCGGAGUUGGAGUAUGGCCGAAUGAAUAUUGGAAGUCGGCCGGCAAAGAGAAAGCCUAGUGGAGGCAUUGAGACGCUCCGCGCUAUACCUUGGAUCUUUGCCUGGACACAGACAAGGUUUCACCUUCCAGUGUGGCUAGGGUUUGGGGCUGCAUUCAAACAUGUGAUUGCAAAGGAUAUCAGAAAUCUUAACAUGCUGCAAGAGAUGUACAAUCAAUGGCCUUUCUUUAGGGUCACUAUUGAUUUAGUGGAAAUGGUGUUCGCCAAGGGAGACCCCGGUAUAGCUGCUUUGUAUGACAGGCUCCUUGUUUCAGAAGAUUUGUGGUCAUUUGGGGAACAGUUGAGGACCAUGUUUGAAGAAACUAAGCAACUGCUACUUCAGGUGGCUGCACACAAGGAUCUUCUUGAAGGUGAUCCUUACUUGAAACAAAGACUCCGGUUGCGUGAUUCUUACAUCACUACCCUCAAUGUGUGCCAAGCUUACACAUUGAAGCGAAUCCGCGAUCCGAACUAUAAUGUGAAGCUACGCCCCCACAUCUCUAAAGAGGCUAUAGACGUGAGUAAACCUGCGGAUGAACUUGUUACUCUGAACCCAACAAGUGAAUAUGCACCUGGUUUGGAAGACACCCUCAUUCUCACCAUGAAGGGUAUUGCUGCCGGCAUGCAAAACACUGGUUAAAUCUGAGAGAUUCUACUUCUGUUUUCUGUUCUCUGUUUUAUCAAAAUAAUGAAUUUAGAUCGACUCACCAAAGAGGGUGUUUGUUUUCCUUUUCCCAGUUGAAAUAUCAUUUGAUAUAAAUUAUGUUUCCAUGCUUUGCUAUAUAAAGCAUCGUUUGGCUGCUCUGAAACAAUGAUUAAUGCCAGUAUGCAACUGAUUAUGUUUUAACUGAAAUCACAGCUUAUUGGCUUGUUUGUA